AUGGGCGACGACCCCAUCAAUCAGGAGAACCCCGCAGGCGACGACGGCAUCAACCAGGAGAACCCCGUGGGCGACGCCCACAUCAACCAGGAGAACCCCACGGGCGACGACAACAUCAACCAGGAGAACCCCGCGGGCGACGCCCGCAUCAACCAGGAGAACCCCGAGAACCCCGCGGGAGACGACAGCAUCAACCAGGAGAACCCCGCGGGCGAUGACGGCAUCAACCAGGAGAACCCCGCGGGGGAUGCCCACAUCAACCAGGAGAACCCCGCGAGCGACGACGGCAUCAACCAAGAGAACCCGCAGGCGACAGCGGCAUCAAACAGGAGAACCCUGCGGGCGACGCCCACAUCAACCAGGACAACCCCGGGCGACGACGACAUCAACCAGGAGAACCCCGCGGGCGACAACCACAUCAACGAAAAGAACCUCGCAGGCGACGACGGUAUCGACCAGGAGAACCCCGCAGGCGACGCCCACAUCAACGAGGAGAACCCCGCAGGCGACGACGGCAUCAACCAGGAAAACCCCGCGAGCGACGCCCCAAUCAACCAGGAGAACCCCGCGGGCGAUGACGGCAUCAACCAGCAGAACCCCGCGGGCGACACCCACAUAAACCAUGAGAACCCCGCGGGCGACGACGGCAUCAACCAGAAGAACCCCGCCGGCGACGCCCCAUCAGCCAGGAGAACCCCGCGGGAGAACCCCGCGGGCGACGACGGCAUCAACCAGGAGAACCCCGCGGGCGACUCCCACAUCAACCAGGCGAACCCUACGGGCGACGACGACAUCAACCAGGAGAACCUCGCGGGCGACGGCGGCAUCAGCCAGGAGAACCCCGCGGGCGACACCCACAUCAACCAGGACAACCCCGCGGGAGCCGACGGCAUCAACCAGGAGAACCCCACGGGCGACGACCACAUCAAUCAGGAGAACCCCGCGGGCGACGACGGCAUCAAUCAGGAGAACCCCGCGGGCGACACCUACAUCAAGCAGGAGAACCCCGCAGACGACGACGGCAUCAACCAGGAGAACCCCGCGGGCGACGCCCCCAUCAACUAG